ACGAACUAUUAAGUAACUUGAUCAGCCCACGUAAGCCAUCGGAAGGAACAUACGAAGCAGUGGUAAAUUUAUUAAGAAAUCAUUUGCAACCAAAACGUUCGGUAGUGGCGGAAAGAUAUUAUUUCAGACUACGAAGACAGUUAAAAAGUGAAAGUGUACUACAAUAUAUAUCAGAAUUAAAAAAACUAACUAAAUAUUGUGAGUUCGGUGCCAUGCUCGAAGAGAGUUUGAGAGAUCAGCUCGUUUGUGGACUGACGAGUGAUGUAAUCCGGCAACGACUUUUUGCGGAGGACGGGCUGGAUUACGCGAAGGCAGUUAGAAUAGCCUGUGCGUUGGAGGCAGCAGAACGGGAUGCGGCCGCGGUGGAGCUGAUGGACAGCAGGGUAGGCGCGCCAGCGGGAACCAGUGCCGUAAUGGCGAUCAAACAAGCUGUGGGGGGUGACCGGAACGGCGGCAGUCAGCGGCAGAAUAAUUACAUACCGGUUCAGAGUGGAAAUAAUGCUCGGCAAUGCUAUGCUUGUGGGGGCACAGAUCACUGGAAGAGCACAUGUCGGUUCAGGAAUUACACCUGUGGCCGAUGUAAGCAAAUAGGCCAUCUUAGAAGAAUGUGUUCUAAGGGAGCGAAGAGCAAGGGAGGCCAGAAUAACCGGGAUAGAAUUUUCCACGUCCAGGAAGCGCAGACUACCUCGGAGGCGAAGUCGGAUAGCAGCAAUACGGACUUGGAGGAAGAGAUACAUCAGUUAUGUUUAAAUAGUUAUAAACCGAUAUAAGGAAUUAUUCGAUGGCAAGCUGGGUCGGUUCACGGGUGGCAAGGCGACGCUGCGGCUGCGGGAGGGGGCGGCGCCGGUGUACUACCGCGCGCGACCGCUGCCUUACGCGCUGCGCCCCGCUGUCGACGCGGAGCUAGACUCCAUGCUGCGCGAAGGAAUCAUCAGACCGGUCGACAGCUCGGACUGGGCUACUCCCUUGGUACCCGUGCGUAAGGCGGACGGUGGGCUACGCCUCUGUGCGGAUUACAAGGUGACUUUGAAUCCAGUACUAUUAGUAGACAGAUUUCCAUUGCCGCGGAUAGAUGAUCUCUUAGUGGGGUUAAACGGGGCUAAGGUAUAUUCGAAAAUUGACUUAUCACAGGCCUAUAAUCAGUUUGAGCUAGACGAUUCCAAGUAAAUUACGGUAAUUAACACGCA